GAAGAUCUGAUGAACAUGACAGUGGAGGGUGAAGUAGAAGAGACGUAUUUGAGGGAUGGUCGGCAAUAUACGGAGGAGGAUGGAAUAACGGGGACAUUCAUAGAGGAGGACACUCCUACAGAGAUCAGCACAGGACACGCCAUGGAGAAACCCUCAAAGGAUCGUCCCAUUUUGUGGAGAAUACAAGAUGAGGACAUCACAGGAGAUUGUGGAGGAGAAAAGACAUUGAGCUCCACUAUGGAUGGAGGACUUAACAGUGUGGAUAGACCACGGAAUCCCUCCGAGCAACCUCGUACUGUGAGGGGCGGGGCCGGGGUUCAGGGGAAGAAGAAGAAGAAAUCUCGCGCAGGGGAGAGGCCGUAUGCCUGUUCCGAGUGCGGGAAAUGUUUUCCGCGGAAAUCAACACUUGUCAGACAUCAAAAAUCUCACACGGGGGAGGGGCCCUAUUCCUGUUCCGAGUGCGGGGGUUGGUUUUUAGAGAAGUCCGAGCUUUACGUCCAUCAAAGAACUCACACAGGGGGGGAGGUGUAUCACUGCUCCGAGUGCGGGAAAUGCUUUAAAUGGAAAUCGGAGCUUGUCAUGCAUCGAACAUCUCACACGGGGGAGAGGCCGCAUUCCUGUCCUGUGUGCGGGAAAUCUUACCCACUGAAAUCAACGCUUGUCCGGCAUCUAAAAUCCCACACGGGCGAGAAGCCGUAUUCCUGUUCCGUGUGCGGGAAAUGUUUUUCGGAGAAAUCCAGUCUUUACGUUCAUCAUAGAACUCACACAAAGAAGCAGCAAUAUGACUGCUCUGAGUGCGGGAAAUGUUUUCUACGGAAGGGAGCCCUUGACAGACAUCAAAUUUCUCACACGGGGGAGGGAGCGUAUUGCUGUCCUGAGUGCGGGAAAGGUUUUCAGAAUAAAGCAACACUUGUCCUGCAUCAAAAAACCCACACGGAUGAGAAGGCGUAUUGUUGUGCUGAGUGCGGGAAAUUUUUCGCACAGGAAUCAACGCUUCUCAAACAUCAGAAAACCCACAAGGGUGAGAAGGCGUAUUCUUGUCCUGAGUGCGGGAAAUUUUUCGCACAGGAAUCAACGCUUCUCAAACAUCAGAAAACCCACACGGAUGAGAAGGCAUAUUGUUGUGCUGAGUGCGGGAAAUUUUUCGCACAGGAAUCAACGCUUCUCAAACAUCAGAAAACCCACAAGGGUGAGAAGGCGUAUUCUUGUCCUGAGUGCGGGAAAUUUUUCGCACAGGAAUCAACGCUUCUCAAACAUCAGAAAACCCACACGGAUGAGAAGGCGUAUUGUUGUGCUGAGUGCGGGAAAUUUUUCGCACAGGAAUCAACGCUUCUCAAACAUCAGAAAACCCACACGGGUGAGAAGGCGUAUUCCUGUCCUGAGUGCGGGGAAUUUUUCGCACAGGAAUCGACGCUUCUCGAACAUCAAAGUGUCCACAUACGUGGGGAUUCGUAUUCCUGUUCCGAGUGCGGGGAAUGUUUUGCAGAGAAGUCCGAACUUGACGCCCAUCAUAAAACUCACGCAGUGAAGAAGCCGCACACCUGCUCCGAGUGCGGGAAAUGUUAUGUACGGAAAGCAGAACUUGACAGACAUCAAACUUCUCACACGGGGGAGAGGCCGUAUCCCUGUCCUGUGUGCGGGAAGUCUUAUCCGCUGAAAUCGACGCUUAUGAGACACGUGAAAAUCCACACCGGGGAGAAGCCGUAUUCCUGUUCUGAGUGCGGGAAAUGUUUCUCAGAGAGGUCCCAACUUAACAGACAUCAGAAAUAUCACAUGGGGGUGAAAGAAAUAGUAAUAACAUAGAAAAUAAGUAAUUCUUCCUUGUGUGCGGGAAAUAUUCCACUGAGAUCAGAACUUGUCACAGAGCAUCCCUUAUGUCAGAGUCCCCAGAGUUCUGCCUUAUAGCGGUGUCUGCAGAGUCCCCCCUUACAGUGUAA